UAAAAUAAACUUUGUAUCUGCAGGUUUGAUUAUGGGGGUGUUCGAUGGUCAUGGUGGACCUGCUUGUGCCCAAGUUAUAUCAAAGAGAUUGGUUGAUUACAUAGCAGCCGCACUUCUGCCCAUAGAAACAUUGCACAAGUACAUUCAGCAGGAUCCUCGAGAAGCUUUGGUUGACACUUUUAAUAAUAGAGUUGAAAUUUUACAGGAAUUGAAAAUUUUGUAUGAGCGUAGUUUUAGACAAUACUUAGCAGAGUUAGCUAAUUUACCACAUGAGGGUUAUAACGUACCAACAGCUUUGGAACAAGCCAUCAUAAAAAUUGACCAAGAUUUGUCAAAGGAAGCAGUUGAGCCAUAUAAACUUAAUCAGGUGAUAAAUCCCCAGACAUUAUCUGUAGCACUAUCUGGUGCAGUGGCCUGUGUAACACAUGUGGAUGGGCCUAAUCUGCAUAUUGCGAACGUUGGCGACUGUAAUGCUGUUUUGGGUAUUUUGACUGAAGACAAAGAGUGGAUAGCGAAAAAAAUAACAAAAGAACAUAAUUCCGAGAAUUUCGAUGAGUUGAAAAGAAUUUGGAAUGAGCAUCCUGACAAUGAGAGAAAAACUGUAAUACGCAGAGAUAGAUUACUGGGUGAACUCGCUCCUUUACGUAGUUUGGGAGAUUAUAGAUAUAAAUGGCCUAUAGAGAUUUUAAUGAAAGUGGCAGUACCUUUAAUUGGCCCAAAAGCUAUACCUGCAAAUUACCAUACACCGCCUUAUUUAACGGCAAAACCAGAUUUAUAUUACCAUAGAUUGAGUACAAGGGAUAAAUUUUUAAUUCUGGCUUCGGAUGGAUUAUGGGAUAUGAUGACGCCAUUACAGGCAGUCAAGCUGGUGGGCGAGCAUAUGAAGGGAAAAGUUUUCUUUAACCCUUUGAAAUUGCCCAGAAAGAAUAUUCAGCUGGGUGAUAUAAAUGAAUUACUCCUUCACAGGAAGGAAAGCUUGAAGAGUAAGCCAAAGGAUAGAAAUGCAGCCACACAUUUAAUACGUCAUGCAAUAGGUGGUACAGAAUACGGCGUGGACCACUCCAGAUUGGCACAUUUGUUGAGUUUAUCCCCGGAUGUGAGUCGUAUGUUUCGAGAUGACAUAACCGUUACGGUCAUGUAUUUUGAUUCAGAGUUCUUAAGGCAAUGUCCCGCAUGAGAGGGUUUUAAAUUGUGACAAUAAGAUCGAGUCGUGCCUUCUAUAACGUUAAAUUUUUGUUGCCAAUUUACAUGAUUAGUGAAGUUUUUUUGGUGUUUGAUGUAUUUUAUUCGUGUGAUAUUUUGAUAUGAUUGUUCAAUGAUGGUAGUAAUGCUUAGUCGUGUCGUAGUGUUGUAUUAGUUCAAAUGUGGAUGUUUUUAUGUUUUUAUUUAGUUAAUAUAUUUACUUUGUUAUAUUGUUUUGGAGCCAUUUGAGGCGUUUAUUAAAGGACUCAGUGCUUAUUUCAAGUUGCCAAUGUCUUCUCACAAAUUUAGAAAGAGAAUUGACUAAUAUGUGAUAGAUUAUACCAUGAAGCACAGAGUAUAUCUCAUGAUUAGUCCCUAUUUGAUGUACUAGUACAAUGUAUUAGUUAAUAAUUAUAAUGAUAAUUCUUUUACUGCGAAAAAUACGUAUUUAAACUAUGAAGAAAAUGAAAAAAAGUUUAGUACGUAAUGAAUUAGGUCAUCAACAAUAACGGUUUUAUGAAUAAACAUGGUGCGGCACAGCUAAGGUAGCGGUUACAGUGCUUUUUCUACUCAAACAUAACAGUAAGAGACAAAAUCUGCGUACAUAAUUACACAAAGUUUGUUAAUACGUGCAUUAGCGUCCAUUUCUAUGAACAAAAUUUAAUUGAAACAUUAAAAUGUCAUUUACAGUAGAUUGAGGGGAAUAGGGACUAGAUGUAGAAUAGGGACAAAUUUGGGAUAUCACAAUACUUAUGUGGGGUUGUUAGAGAUUUAACUUUGUUGAACUGAAAAUGACUUUUAUUUAGUGUUUAAGAAUAUUAAAUGGUUUAAUUUAGUCAUCAAAGUUUUGUAACUCAUUAAAGAUAUUAAAAAGUUAAUUACCUAAAGUCUGAAAAACUAUUGUCCCCAUAUGUAACCUGAUUCACCCCAAAGCCAAGGUGAAUCGGGUCAAGCUAGUUUUUUCAAUUUUUGUGUAUAUUUUGUAAUGAACUAUGUACAAUAACGCAUCGUAUAUAAAAAUGUAACCCUCCGGAACCAUUUUAAUCUCAAUAUUAUUAGUAUUACCCUAAGAAAAACCAUUGAAAAUUUGUGUUGGAUUUGGAAAGGGUCCCGAUUCCCCCAAGCUACGGUAACAUAUUAGUAUCUUCAUGUCAAUUAUUAACAUUUAGUAUUGAAUGUGAUACAAAAUCCUGUAGGUUUUGCUGCGUAAAAAAGUUGCUAGUUUUUAAACCACUGAUUACUGUAGAUGAGAAUAGUUACAAUGUAAAAGUUGUAAGAAUAUGUAUUUAGAAGUGCGGUGCGGAUUUUUCAUUAUGUCUUAGUCUUUCAAUUAUAAUUUCAGUUUGCCAUGUUCAUAAUUUAUUGUUUGUUUUUCUUCUCUUAUUGUAUGUAUUUAUACAUUUGAAGCCUUUUGAAGAUUGUUAGCUCAAACAUAAAAGUUUUUAUAUUUUGUUAAAUUACCAUUUUCUGUCCACGCUAGUUUAUUUGUGCUACGAUUUCAUAUUUUGUAAAAUGAAAAAAAAAAAAAAAACUUAACAAAGUGCUUUACGAACUACAAUAAAUUAAUGAUGUUGCUUUUUUAUUAAACAAAUAUGUGGAAUCGCGAAUGAAUACAAAUAUUGAAUUUCAA